AUGACGCGGCUUCGUCUCGACCUAGACAGAGCCUCCUCCGCCUCCGCGAAGCUUCUCGCGGCUUUCAGCAGCAACCCCCGAUCCCCCACCUCCUCCUCCUCCUCCUCCUCCUCUACUUCCUACUCCUACUCCUUCUCCCAUUCCGCCAAGGGCCAUUCUUCCUCCACCGCACACCACUCCGCGUCCUCCCCCUCGACCUCCCGGCCUUACUCAUCCUCUUCGUCGCGCCGCAAGAGCGAGUCGGAUUCGCACCACCACCCCCACCCGCGCUUUGCAACCCCCAGCGCUGCUGCGCCAAGCACCUCUCGUCAUAAUCACACCGACCGCUACAAUGGCCACCCGCACAGCGGCCACAUGCACCGCGUCUCCUCCCCUUUCGACGAGCCGGGAUGCAAUCUACCCCCGAAAUCGCCGACGGGAGCGAAGUCAUCGUCGUCGUCAUCAUGGACCCAUAGACUCUCGCCUGCUCAUAACGAUCGACCAGGCUGGCAUGGAUCCGAACCUCCUCGGUUCGGUUCAGCAGCCGAAGUUUCCACGGCGAUGGUCGCGGGUUCGAGUCCGGGAAGCGACUCUAUCAUGGGCCACGGCGGGCUCGCAGCGCGUAUGCUGACGGCGACGACGGAGGAGCUCUUUGAGAUCCCCGAGAUCGGCGUCCCGCCAGAAUUCGCGGAGAUGUGGGUCGCGUCGCACUCCGACGACUCCUUUUCCGUCGCGUCGCAGCCGGUGCCGUCGGCCGGUUCCAACGGUUCUCUUGUUUGCCAGUGCGACUCGUGCCGUGUACUAUCGUGGGAAGAAGGCGCCUCGGGAGAGGUGUAUAACCCCAUGAAAGGGUUCGGUUGCGCGAUUAACGAAACUGUUGCGGCACCCGCGGCAGCAGGCGCGGCGGAGGACUCCGCCGCCCCGCGCGGAGUCCCCGCGGGCCUUGCAGCGUUCCUCCUGGACGCGCCAGUCGAAGCGCUAUUUGACUCCUACGACGACGCGCCCGCGCCCGCCGCAAUGGCUGCCGCUGCGGGAGGCGACCGCACGGCGUUCCCGCCCGGCGAGGGCAGCUGCAGUGGCUGGUUGCCCGUGCCGCAUGCUGCGGAGCCGGCGGCGCUCCUAGCGGCGGAGAUUGCGGCGGGCGGAGUUGCGGCGGCUGGGGAAGCAGCGAUGGCGGGCGGCUACGGGGACGCGAGUCUGCAGCAGCCGCGGUGGUUCGGAAACGAGGCGGACGCGCAGAGAGACGGUGCGCACCGGUCGUACACCAUGCGCGCGUCCCCCGCGCUAUCAUCCCCCGCGUAUUCCGAUCCGCCGCCUCCCCAGCGCAGCGUCUCGGCCAAUCACGGCAGCCCGUGGCGCAACAUGGGGUCGCGCGAGUGGGAUGCGCUCGCGUCGCCCGCCUCUGUGGCGGAAGCGGAGUGGAGGGCGCGCGGAAGGGGAAGCGCGGAGGCGGAGCAGGCGGCUUGGAAUAGCGGGCCGAAGAGCGUGAUCAGGGGGAACGCUGCGCAGAGCGGGAGCGCGGACGAGGGGGAAGCGCUGGCGCAUGUGAGCAGCGCGGGGAGCACGCUGGACGCGCCGUUCUACGCGGACGGAGGGGAGGGGAGCAGCAGCCAUGGGAGCGGGCGGAGCGGGAGCAGCAUGAGCGAGAGCGCGAGUGGCGGGGAGAGCGAGAAGGAGAUAUUCCCAGGGGAGCCUUCAUACCCCCGGCUUCAGAAAGUAGAAGUCAGUGCUGCCUCUGUCGCCGCUGCUGCUGCAUCCCCUUCCGCCCCUUCCGCGCCUUCCUCCCAGCACGUGACGUCCCCCGCGGAGCUGCAGCUGCGCGCGGAGCUGAUGCGCAUGGAGGCGGACCUGGCGUGGGCGCAGGGCAGCGCGGCCCCCUCCGCCAUGCCCCCCGCCCUGCGCCAGCAGCUGGCGCUCAUGCGCGGAGAGGUGGAGGCGCUGAGGCAGGCGCUGGACAGACAUGCGCUGGCGGAGCCGGGCGCACACGGGGCGCAGGGGGGGCAGGGGGCGCAGGGGGAGAGGAGUGCGAAGGGGGUAGUGCAAGAGGCACAGGAGGAGCAGGAGACGGAGCGGGAGGGGCAUGGGAGGCAGAGUGCGGAAGAGGAGGAAGAGGGAGAGGCAGAGGGAGAGGAAGCAUAG